AAUAAACUACUAAGUAUUUUAAAACUUACUAAGGAAUUCACGUUGUUUCAAUAUGAUGUGAAGAUGGAUGCUCAUCCACUUCGUGUAUUGCUCAUUGUUCUUAUCGCUGUCAAGUCUUCGGAAUCAAUACAAGAAAAGCCCAGGACUAAAAGAGCUAUCGUGACGGCUGGUAUCGCGCUUGGAUGUUCCACGUUCGUUGCGAUUAAGGGAUGCUCCAAUGUUCUUGACAAGUGCCCCCCUAUCUGCGACGUCCUGGAAACCAUUUGCAGUGUGUCUGGUAAACUGAGCGAACUGACAGAAAUCUGCAAGCCAGGGAACAUUGCGGCGAUAGAGAGUCUGAUUCAGGGAGACGUGUUCAGCAUCGUCGGCACAAGUGAGGAAGAUGCCAGACGAGCGUUGGAAUCUCUGGGAAAUGAUACAAAAAACUUUUUUUUUAAUCUUGUGGAUGCAGUGAAAAAAAAAGGCGAAGAGGCCGUAAAUGAGGCGAAGAAGACUGGUGAGGCGGCGGUGAACACGAUAAAGAAAUCAAGCGAAGAGGCUGCUGGUAGGGUAAGGAAAACAGGCGAAGAGGCACUUAAUCAGUUAAAUAAAACAAUCGAAGAAGCUAUUGGUAAGCUAAAAAAGGCGGGCGAAGAUGCAGUUGAUAAGCUAAACAAAGAAAUUGACGAAGCUGUUGAUAAAGUAAAGCAAACGGGCGAAGAGGCAGUCGAUUCGGCAAAGAAGGCAGGAGAACAGGUUGUUUCUACGCUAAAAAAUACAGGGGAAGAGACUGUUGCUGAAAUGAAAAAGAGAAUUAAAGAGGUUUUUGAUACGGUAAAGAAACCAUUUGAAAAUGCUGCUGAUACGGUAAAGAACACAGGCAAAGAGGCCAUUGAUACAAUACAAAAAACAGGCGAAGAGGCCUUGGAUGAACUGAAGAGUGCCUUCAGUAGUUCAGCCCCGGCACAAUUCACAAAAACUCUUGUUAUUCUUUUGCCCAUUAUCAUAGCACUUGGCAUUGCUUACUAAAUUAAACAAUGACGACAAUGAUACUGCAGAUUAUGGAUAACAGUUGGUAAAUUGGCAACUGACUGUAGGUAGCAGUACAUCUAAUAGUAUCUCAUGGGUCAAAGUUCUAAGUACGCUCAACGUUUACUUGCACAAUUAACGUUAACAAUCUUGCCAUUAGUAACAAAUGUGACAAUGACAAUGACUUUAUUGUCAUAAACUGUAAGAUUACAGUGUUAUGUAGAAAAGAAUGAAAUACACACAUAUACACAACGUACACAGGGUUGAACAUUAGAAAUCGGCGGUCGCCCGUGACGAUCUUUAUUGGCUAAAUGCGACUGAGAAUUUUACAAAGGUAGUCCGUUGGGCGACCAUCGAUUUUACGGUCUGGCAUGAAUGGUACUAGUUAAAAAAGAAACACACUGACUGAUACUGAAUGAAAUAUGACAAAACACAC